UCACUUUAAUCUAAUCUAAUCCUACCAAAAGCAACCAUUUUUCUGAAAGAAAAACAAGCAGAUGUAGAUGUCAGGUUAGGGUUUUUAUAUCCUUCACUGUCUGCUCAUAAAAUUCCAUCCGGAUACAAGUGGACCUUCUUUUUUAAUGACCACCACGAUGGAUUUGAUGCUAGCUGAUUAUGUUCUCGUCUGCGUUGGAUCAGUGUAAAGGGUGGCACAGGUGAUUGUAGAUUUGUGGAAAAAUCAGUGUCAAAUAUGAGGGAUCAAGAAGUUUUCGUUGAUGGGACCUCUGUGAAUUUAGCUAGGGACGUUAGAUUGGAAGAAGAUGAGGAUGAGUUUCGAAGUUGUUGUGGAGAUGAUGAAGUAUGGAAGGAGACUGAGGAAUUGGUUAAGGAAGAAUCAGAGGAAGAUCUUGAUGAAUUUUCGGUGAAAAUGUUUUUCAAGGGCAUGUCUAUAGCUGAGGCUGGGGACUCUGGUUCUGGGUCAUCUGGAAUUGGGGUGGUCAUGGAGAGAUCAAAAGAUGUUCCUGUUAUUCAGGUACAAAAAAGGCUUGACUUUUAUGUGGAUGAACAUGUGGCCGAUUAUUUAGCUCUGAUGGAUGGUUUGGCAGAGGCAAUUCAGAACAAAAUCAGCCGUGUCUGUGCUUUCACCGAUUCUCAGUUGCUAUAUGAUCAGAUUACAUGUGGGGAGAAACUUGGGAUUCCACUUUUGGUGGCACUGAGGGAAAGGAUUGCAGAACAUACCAAUAGUCUGGAAGCCUUCGUUCUGAAGAUUGUUCCUAGCACUGAUCUUCAGAGGCCACUGCAAUUAGCCCAAGUCGCAAUUGGGGUUAUUUCUUCUCCUGUGAAGGGAGAUAAAUCAUUUGAAAAUUGUUCCAUCUGCUGUGAGGACAAGCCAGCAGUCAUGAUGAUGACAAUGAAAUGUUCCCACAAGUUCUGUUCCCAUUGUAUGAGAAUUUAUGUUGAUGGAAAAGUGCAGUCUUUCCAAGUUCCUAUUAGAUGCCCUCAGGUGAGAUGUAAAUAUUAUAUCUCCACCACUGAAUGCAGAUCUUUUCUUCCACUAGCUUUGUACGAAUCUUUGGAGACUGCCUUUGCAGAAGCAGAUGUUCCCAACUCGAACAGAAUAUACUGUCCCUAUCCAAAUUGUUCUGUAUUGCUUGAUCCUCGUGAAUGUUUAUCUGCUAGGGCAGGUUCAUCUAGUCAAUCGGACAAUAGCUGUGUUGAGUGCCUGGUUUGUCGGAGGUUUAUCUGCAUGGAGUGUGGGGUUCCUUGGCAUUCUUCAAUGAGUUGUGAAGAAUACCAGAGCCUCCCUUUGGAGGAAAGAGAUGCUGCAGACAUUACUUUGCAUCGGUUGGCUCAAACCAAUAGGUGGAGGCGUUGCCAGCAGUGCCAUAGGAUGAUUGAGCUUACUCAAGGUUGCUAUCAUAUGACAUGCUGGUGUGGACAUGAGUUCUGUUAUUCUUGUGGUGCUGAAUACAGGGAUGACCAGCAGACCUGUCAAUGUGCCCUCUGGGACGAAGACAACUCUGAAGACUUGGUCAAUCGUUCUGUCCAAGAAUCAGAACAAUGGGCAUGGGAGACUUUCAAUUCACUCCCGAUGAUCAUGGAUGCAUACUCAGACCAAGAAAGAUCACAGCUUGCUCUAAUUCAGAGGUUCCUUGCUGGAGGUUUCAGUCUGAGUGACCAUCACCCCUAUCAAUCUCCACCCCGCUGUACAGACUCCUAUGUAGAUGCAAUGAAGGACCUACAUCAGCUUCCUUGGCUUGAAAGAUUUGUCUCCGUAAUAAGUGACAACUACUAUGAAGAUUACAUCCAAUGAAGUCUAGUACCCACCAUCCCAAAGUUGGUUAAAUAAGCCAAUUUUCUAUCCAUUACAAGGCAGAGAGUCCCUCACUCUACUGUCUCUAUUCUACACAAACAUGCUGAUAUCAACACCCUUACAUUAAUCACAUGCUGGAAGAUUCGUGACCCUGGCAGUCGUUGCAUAAGAUCGAAGGCAAAGAUUUCAUGCGUGGGUAAUUGCUUUCAUCUUGAAAGAAAAGAAAGAGAUAGAGAAAAACAUUUUAUUAGGGUUGUCAAAUUGAAAGUAAAGUCAAUGCAACAGAUCUUAUCAUUUUCAGGUGGUCAUUGUUUUGCCCUCUUUCAUGUCUCAUCUCAUGAAGGUGCCAAUUGGCUCAGCUUUACAUAUUUCUGUGUUGGACAAUAGCUUUCAUUAAUUAACCUUGAACAGGUUCGAGAGGAGUGUAUAUCAACGAAUUUUUAGCAACAUUAGUAUGAAUUGUGUGUGCCAAGAUCAGUCCUUGGGAAGGUUUUGUUAGGUAAAUUGAUUUCUUUUUGUCUUUUCUUUUUGAUAGGUCAUUAAAUAGACUAUACAAUAAAAGAUAAUUUUUUUU